CUUGGUUCUAAAUUGUACGCACUUCCGAUCAAUAAAUGAAUGUGUCUGCAAGUUGAGGCAGUAAAUAUUAGAUGGAAUCUUACGCAGAUGUGAUAGCUAACCAACCCGUUGUAAUAGAUAAUGGGUCUGGAGUUAUCAAAGCAGGUUUUGCAGGAGACCAAGUACCAAAAUACCACUUUCCAAACUUUGUGGGAAGACCAAAGCAUGUUAGGGUGAUGGCAGGUGCCCUAGAAGGGGAUGUCUUUCUAGGCCCAGAAGCAGAGGAACACAGAGGACUUCUGACCAUUAGAUACCCCAUGGAGCACGGUAUUGUGAAAGACUGGAAUGACAUGGAGAGAAUUUGGCAGUAUAUUUAUUCCAAAGACCAACUACAAACCUUUUCAGAAGAGCAUCCUGUGUUAUUAACAGAGGCACCACUUAACCCAAGAAGAAAUAGAGAAAAAGCAGCUGAAAUAUUUUUCGAGAGUUUUAAUGUGCCAGCUCUGUACAUUUCCAUGCAGGCAGUGCUUAGUUUAUAUGCCACAGGAAAAACUACAGGCGUAGUGUUAGAUUCAGGAGAUGGUGUAACACAUGCUGUCCCAAUAUACGAGGGCUUUGCCAUGCCACACAGCAUAAUGAGGUCGGAUGUAGCAGGCAGGGAUGUUACCCGGUACCUUAGACUGCUUCUUAGGAAAGAAGGAUACAAUUUUCAUACAUCUGCUGAACUUGAAAUUGUCAGAACCAUCAAAGAGAGAGCCUGCUACUUGUCAGAUAAUCCUCUUAAAGAGGAGACAGUGGAGGGAGAAAAGUCACAGUAUACCUUACCUGACGGAAGUGUUAUUGAGAUUGGUCCUGCUAAGUUCCGAGCACCAGAAGUCCUGUUUCGACCAGACUUAAUUGGGGAGGAGUUUGAGGGUAUACAUGAGGUGCUUGCCUACUCCAUUAGAAAGUCGGACAUGGAUCUCCGACGAAUGCUCUUCUCCAAUGUUGUCCUCUCAGGAGGAUCAACACUUUUCAAAAGAUUUGGUGAUAGACUUUUAAGUGAAUUAAAGAAAUUAGCCCCAAAAGAUAUAAAAAUUAGGAUAUCUGCUCCUCAAGAAAGGUUAUACUCAACUUGGAUAGGUGGUUCCAUUUUAGCUUCCCUGGACACUUUCAAGAAAAUGUGGGUGUCAAAACGUGAAUAUAAUGAAGAAGGAGUGAAGGCCAUUCACAGAAAGACAUUCUAACCAUGUACAAAGCUAGAAACCAUCUAUUUAUGAUCAACCUACAAACAUGUGACAGUUGAUGCAGGGAGGGGAGUGGGAAAAGAACAAAUGCUUUUUUUUUGUUACAUUUUAAGUGGUAUAAGCAUGGUGUAUACAAUUAAUUUGCAGCAACUGUAUUUAUUAUCUAUGGUUGAUUAGUCAUAUUUUUUUAUUGUUAGUGCUGAUAUGGAAAACAUUCUUGCCCCGAGAUAUUGAAAAUGAGGUGCAUUCCAGUAAACAGUCAGUAUUGGUAUAAUGGCCAGGUGGUCUUCCACUGUUCAUAACGGAGUUGAUUUUGCCCAUUUGUAUGACUGUCUGGACUUUCAAGGUCAUGGAAGAUAUUGUGGUUUGAAUCAACAUCCUUCGAAAGUGUCCAUCAAUAAAACACUAAAUGUUAUAAAUUUUACACGAUAAAGCUUUUGUGUUCAGCUUUGAUAUUGCCCCUACAUUCUGCAAUCACUGUUUUCUACAUAUCUCUUGUUAAAAGUCAUUUAAGAUUAUUAAUUUCUUUUAAGUACUGAACUUUAUCUAAGAAUCAGCUUCAAGAAAAUUCUAAGGGCUAUUCCAGGAAAAAAUGUACGGGAGGGUUGGACGGCACUUCAUAUAUUUUUGUAUGGGUAGUGGGUCUGGAGCAAUUAAAUUUGUAUGGGUGGUUGUCCUCACUCGAUAUAUUUUUAGAUGGGUGGUUGUAUGUACCCUCACAAAUAAUCAAGUGCAAAGUAUUUCUUUCCUCUCAUUUUGUAUAAAUCGGUAAAUACUGAUAUUUUCGUCCUAAACAGUUGUAAAGUGUGUUUACAUUGAAAGUGAAAGUAGAAUCGAACAAAACGGAAACAAGGGCAGAUAACUAUAAAAGCAUGUGCAACUGUGACUGCAAUGACAGUGGGGGAUUGGAAAACGGAUUAGUUGUGCUUUGGACUCGCUGGUCCAGUUUCUUUUCGCCAGUUUAAUCAAACAUAAUUACAUUGGUAAAUUAAAUGAUAUUAGAAACAAUCAGAAAGAUCGUUUUAUUUUAAACCGAAAGUAGAAAAAAACGUAUCUGAUAAUGAACGGUUUAGAGCAUGACUACGGAGUUUGCAAGUCAAAUAUUUUACUUUAUACCACGCACAGAGUAAAACGAAGAUGAGAUAUGAGUUUGAAAACAAUGUGAAAUAUAUUAUGUCAAAAACAUGCCAGUCCUUAACCUGUUAAGUGUUAACUUGUUGAACUUGUAUGCACCAAUGGUCUAAGUUGUUAGAUGGGAUUUAGAAUUCAUUAAAUAUAUUUUUUUUAAUCAAAGUUUUCACUUCACAGACACUGCCUACAGAAUUUUAGUCCCCCCCCCCCCCCCCAAAAAAAAAAAAGAAAAAAAGCAGGAAUCAUUUUGUUAUGAACAAGGUGAACAACAAUUGUUAAGGAUAGCUAGGCUAUAAUUUACAAUAUUAAUUUUAAUUAAUUGUAGGAAUGUCAUUUCUACUAGUGCAUGUGUAUACAUACUUGUAAAAGCUUUACCUAAGCUUUACAGACUACAAAGUCAUGCAUAAGAACAGAUAUACAAAUCACUAUAAUAAAGGCUUUCAGUGGUGUGUAUCAUAGGCCUAAAGGAACAUAUUUUUUUAAGCUGUAGCAGGAACAUGGGGAACUGUUUUACAAAAAAACUUAUUACUAAGACUAAAAACUUUAGUUGUUCAUAAAAUCUUACAAAACUUAUGUUUCUGUUAAAAAUUGUUGGCAUAAAACUAUCUUAUUUUUUUUCAAAAAGAUUUAAAACAUUUUUAAAGUAAUGCAAAAAAGAAAUUUAUUUGCAUAAUAACAUUUUAAUCUUAGUCAUAAGUUCUUUUGUAAAACGGGCCCUGGUUGGAUAGAUGUCAAAACCCAACACUCAUUCAAAGUCAGAUAAAUUACAAUACCUGAAAAAGUACAUAAAAUUGUAUUGCAUAUAUAUGUGUGACACAAUUUUUUUUUUUAAAUUUAGAUGGGUGGUUGUAUCAAAAGCAAUUUUAAAUUGAUGGGGGGUGGGGUAGAAGGUAAUUAAAAAUGUAUGGGUGGUGGGGUAAAAAUAAAAGUGCCUUCCAACCCCCCCAUACAAUUUUUCCUGGAAUAGCCCUAACCAGUUAUAUAAAGUUGGAUUUUUGAUUUUUUUUACACACAUUACAUGCAGGGUGUAUUGAGAAUUUAUGGAGUUUAAAUUACCUUCCAUUCCAAAUUAUAAUUUACGGUAUUUGAUUGUUGAAUUUUGAAAAGACCUAAAUGCAGAAGAGCAUGUUGAUUUGAAAUAAUUUUUUUACUCCUGUUUAUGUCGGCACAGAUAUUGAAGAUAAAAAUGCACUAUUUUUUAAUGAACACAGGGAAGGCUUUGAGGUCACAAGGUUGUAAAGUGACUCUCCACACACACAAAGUGCAAUAAUAUAUAUACAGGACUUGUCUAUUAUGGAUCGUAGUCAGGUUUUUUUUUACACCAGUUUUUUUUUUUUUUAAUUUGUAAUAAAUCAUGUGCAAAUAAACAGUGUAACUGUCCCUUCUUUGAUUGUUUAAGACAAGCCAUUUAAUUCAUGAACUGUAAACAUUUCUAUUUUGAUGGAAUUGAUUUCAGUUUUUGGAAAAUUAAUUUUUUUUUGUUAAGCACAAACUGUUGAGAAAAGAGAUAAAACAACUCUGGUUAAGUUUAUAAUGCAUAAUUAUGCUUUAUUCUUUCAUUAGUAUUUUUUGGUACAGUGCUUGUAAACAACUGUAGAAAAUAUAUGUAAAUAACAAAAGACAACAAAUCAAAUAAACUAAUUUGAAAUUA